AUGGACGAUUUCAUUACGGGGCCUCGAGGCCUGCAGGAUGACACAGCCUCUUCAGUUCCCGCCUCUCCGGGCUCCAGCAUUGCCGGCUCAUCCCGCGGCACCAUAGAUCCGGCGGCCCUAUCACAAAUAUCGAUGGAUAUAGCGGCAAUCUCUUCUAGCAUGCUCACUAGGCGGGACAAAUCUGAGAUGGUUGCCGAGCUGCGGGCAGUGAUCAGGGAGGAGAUCGCAGCGGUGAGAGCAGACCUGACAGCCCUGGAGCACCGCGUGGACGCCCUAGACGGUGAUCGCAUACAGAAUGCUCACCGGCAGCAGGCGGUGGAUCUGGCCACCACUCGGCAGGGGAACUUGCUUCUGGACCUCCGCCGUCAGGUCGAGGACCUUGACAAUAGGGGCCGGCGGAAUAACAUUCGGGUCCGGGGGUUGCCGGAGGCAGAGGGGGAGAGCCCGCAGGAAAUACUCCACGGCCUGUUCACGCACCUGCUGGGUGAGGCGGCUCCGGAGGACUUUGGCAUCGUGAGGGCGCACAGGGCUCUCCGGGCACCCAGACGGGAUGGCCUUCCCAGAGACCUGAUCUGCGCCCUGGUGUCGUUCCCGCUCAAGGAGGAGCUGAUGAAAGCAGCGCGCUCCCGACCCGACCUCAGCUACAUGGAUUCUCCGGUGUCCCUGUUCCAGGACUUGUCGCAGACCACCCUGGACGCCAGGAGGGCCCUGAGGCCGCUUACCUGGCUACUACAGGAGAGAAGGAUCCCGUACAAGUGGGGCUUUCCCUUCAGUCUUCAGGCCCGAGUGGACAACAUGUGGCAUGUUCUAAAAUGGCCUAAUGACAUUCCUCGUUUCCUCCGCAGCGCUGGCCUUCCCCAUGUCGCCGUCCCGAACUGGAUCCUGGAGGGUCCGCCGGCGAGAGCGGUGGGCCCAUCAGAGAUGGCGCACAACCUGCACCCGGAUCAGGAGCCCCAACGACGCAGAGGGGGGCCAAAUGGCCCUGAAGAAUAGCAGCGGUUAG